AUGCUGGAGUAUCCCGGCCCCGAUACCAUCCGUAUAUUAGUUACUUCAGAUAAUCAUGUUGGGUACAACGAAAACGAUCCAAUUGCAGGCGAUGAUGCCUGGAAGACGUUUGCAGAAAUAAUGUCAGUGGCUCGCGAACAGAACGUUGAUAUGGUUCUACAGGGUGGAGAUCUGUUUCACGCGAAUAAGCCGUCUAAAAAGGCACUCUACCAUGUCAUGAAAUGCCUGCGUCUCAAUUGCAUGGGGGACAAACCAUGCGAGCUUGAACUCCUCAGCGACCCAUCGAUGGUUUUCAAAUAUGACGAGUUUACUGACGUCAACUACGAGGAUCCCAACAUGAACGUGUCAAUUCCUGUUUUCGGUAUCUCGGGUAACCACGAUGACGCAUCGGGCGAUGAGUUACUGAGCCCAAUGGAUAUCCUCCAAAUCAGUGGACUAGUCAAUCAUUUUGGGAAAGUUAUGGAAAGCGAUAACAUCGAAAUAACGCCCUUGCUUUUUCAAAAGGGUAAUACAAAGCUGGCCCUGUAUGGUCUUGCAUCCGUGCGCGAUGAACGGCUGUUUCGGACUUUUAAAGAAGGUAAAGUAAAGUUCAACGUCCCUGCGGUUAGAGAUGGCGAGUGGUUCAGCAUAAUGUGUUUGCAUCAAAACCAUACGGGCCACACCAACACAGCUUUUCUGCCCGAGCAAUUUUUACCGGACUUUUUGGACCUUGUAGUCUGGGGCCACGAACACGAAUGCAUCCCACAUCUAGUGCACAACCCGUCCAAGGGAUUCGACGUACUCCAACCAGGAUCGUCAGUGGCUACAUCAUUGUGCGAUGCAGAAUCGAAGGAGAAACAGGUUUUCAUAUUAGAAAUAGAAACUGGGAAACAGCCAAACCUCAAAGGAAUACCGUUGAAAACUGCACGUCGAUUUAUUAUGAGAGAUGUGUCGCUGAAAGUCAUACCAGGCCUCAAACCUCACGAUCGUGAAUCCAUCACCAAGUUCUUGCUGCGGGAAGUGCAGGGCAUGAUUAAUGAGGCCCGGGGCGAGGAUACCAGCAAUGAAGUUGAGAGAUUGGAAGAGAUUAUUCCAUCGUCAGAGUUGCCAUUUAUAAGGCUCCGCGUAGACUACAGUGCUAAGGAUGAGCAAGGUCUUGACUACCAAGUGGAGAAUGCAAGAAGGUUUAGUAAUAGGUUUGUGGGUAAAGUCGCCAACACCAACAAUGUGAUCCAGCUGUAUAAGAGAAAGAAGCCUGCCGCUAAGAAGGCUCUGAAUCACACAGACAUUGAUACAUUAAAUGAAAAUAGGGACGGUGACGUCGGUGUGCAGGUCAUGGUGCAAAACUUGCUCAAAUCCAUGAAUCUCUCUCUGCUUCCGGAGCUUGGCCUCAACGAAGCUAUUGGUCGUUUUGUGGAGAAAGACGAAAAAACCGCGCUCAAAGACUACAUUGACAAAGAAAUUGAGAAUGAGGUCAAGCUUCUGAUUGCAAACCAGCAGUUGGGGAACGUGGACGAUAUCCACGAUAUCAAACGCCUCGUCAAAGAUGUGAGAUCUCUUAAUACAGUGGAGACUAAUACACGGGAUUAUGGACAGCACGAAAACGCUGCUGCUUCCUACACAAAUCGAGCGCUGGCUGACACAAGAGGCCAUACGAAGGACAAAACACCCCCGACUGACACGCCCAGCUCUACGGUCCGUUCUAAAAGGGUGACAGCCAAUAGAGGGCCUAAAAGUCGAAACACGAAUAAUACUACUGCCUUGAGCGUAGAAGUUAUUGAAUCAGACGACGACGAAAACUACCGCGGUAAUGACGAAGAGCCUCAAGAAUCUAUACGGGAUCAAGGGAGACGAGAAGUCGAUACUAUGGACCCUCCAGAAACCGAUGAAAAUUGUAUUAACAAAGCGACCAGUACAAGAAAGCGCCAAACUCAAGUCAGAAAAAAGGGAGCACGAACUCCCAAGACAGACCUACUGAAUAACUUGCUUGCUAGUAAAAGAAGUGGACAACACUAG